CUGUAGAGUGUUGACUAUAUAAAUUAAAUCUUGCAUGGAUGAAUAAUUAACAUAUACUAUACAAAAGACUUCUUUGUCUCUUACCAAACACAAAUAUCUUUUCAAGAAGCUUUGAAGAUCAGAAGAUUCAUGGCGAUGUCUCACCUUCAACCCAUGCUUGUCCUCCUCACAUCACUCUUCUUCUUACCAGCUUUGCACGGAGCCGUCGAUUUCGAAUACUGCGGCAAAAAUGGAAACGAUUACGGUAACGUCAAUCGGAUCGAGAUCUCUAAUAACCCGUCGGUUGGGCCUGACGAAAGUUCAAGCAUGACUAUAUAUGUAUACGGUUCUGCAAACAAAAACAUCACCGUGGGAACACUCGUAUACGUAACCUUUAAGACUGGGGAAUUUACUGGCCUUUUGAAGACUUACAACAUCUGUGAUGUGAGUAAAUGUAACACUGAAGCUGAGAUUGAAGCUGGUACCAACUUUGUGUUGACUCUUCCAGAUGUUCUUUAUGUUGGUUUCGAUGAGGAACUUAAGUACUCUGUUUCUUUGCGCCAAAAGUACGUGGAAGAGCCAAUUAUAAAUAUGUGCGUCGACUUCAAACUACCUACUCCAACUCCCACAUUGGUCGUCUCUGCUUAGUCAAGUUGGCGGAUGUGUCCAAGUCUUUUGGUUAUAUCAGUCUCUCUAGCCCUCGCUACUUGCAUUUCCUUUGUAUGUGUUGUCCAACUAAUAAAAUAGAUAACUCUCUAUUGUAAUAUUGGCUUGGUCUAUAAGACUAUAAGAUUAAGAGCCAAGCACGUCUUUGGUUUUUUUCCAAGCUGAUACAAGAAACAAGAGACUUAUAAAGUAGUCAAGCGAGUACAAUCUGUAGCAUAAAAAUGAUCAAAUACAGUCGCAGAUCUUAGAGAUUUCAACU